AUGAGACGCACCUUCUCAUCACCUCAAAUCCACUCAAAUGAGCAGAAGUUAAAAGAAAAAAUUAAUUUGUAUGGUCUGUCUUCAGGGAAGGAAAGUCAGAUACUUUCCCUAUCACCAAAAAGAAAAGGCACAAAAAAAAUGGAAAGGUGUGGUGCUGUUGUGGAGAUCCGGGAGUUGUUUCGUCUCUUAUGCCCCAUGAGGAGUUUCUUCCCCUCAGAAUCCUGUAAAGAGGCGCACCCAAAUGCUUUGAAUCCUCAGUCUUGGCUUCAAAUUGAAAGAGGGAAACUUCCCAAGUUGUCAUCACACCCUUCAUCUGCCUCAAUAGAAUCAUUGGUCAAGGUCCCUCAGCCAGCUAUCCUACCUUUCUUUAAGCCUGCUGAUUAUGUGGAAGUUUUAGCUCAAAUCCAUGAAGAGCUUGAGUCUUGUCCUCCACAAGAGCGGUCGAAUCUGUUUUUGUUACAAUACCAGGUCUUUAGGGGCCUUGGCGAAGUUAAACUGAUGCGUAGAAGCCUUCAGGGAGCCUGGCAGAAAGCCAACACUGUUCAUGAAAAGAUUAUAUUUGGGGCAUGGUUGAAAUAUGAGAAGCAAGAGGAAGAACUAAUAGCCGACUUGCUUGCCAAUUGUGGUAAAUGUGCGAAAGAGUUUGCGCCUGUAGAUAUAGCGUCUCAUCUUCCAUUUGAUAUAAAUGCAAGUUCUGCGGGGAGAAUGACCAAUGAGAACCUCAUUUCUCAAAAUGUCACUUUUACUAUUGGUGAUGAAGAUAUAGUCUGUGAUAGACAAAAAAUUUCAGAACUUUCGGCACCAUUUCAUGCUAUGCUAAAGGGUUAUUUCAGUGAAUCACGCUGUGAGACUAUAGAUUUAUCUGAAAAUAAUAUCUCUCCUUUAGGUAUGAAGGCAAUCAAUGAUUUCAGUUUGACUGGCAGUUUAAUUGAGGUCUCUCCAAAUCUUUUGUUGGAGAUAUUAGUUUUUGCAAACAAGUAUUGUUGUGAAAGACUUAAAGAUGCUUGCGAUAGAAGACUUGCCUCUUUAGUUUCCUCCAAAGAAGAUGCUGUAGAGCUCAUGGAAUGUGCUCUUGAUGAGGAUUCAACUGUCCUUGCUGCAUCCUGUUUACAAGUCCUUUUGCGUGAUCUUCCAAACUGUUUGAAUGACAAUCGGGUGGUGGAGAUAUUUGUUCAUGCUAAUAAGCGGCAGCUAGCAGUCAUGGUUGGACCUGGUAUAUUUGCACUUUUCUGUUUCUUAAGUGAAGUUUCUAUGAACCUUAACUCUAGUUCAGAUAAAACAGCACAUAUCAUGGAACGUUUAGUUGAGUUUGCUGAGAAUGACAACCAGAGACUGCUGGCUUUACAUCAAUUGGGAUGUGUAAGACUCUUACGGAAAGAAUAUGAUGAAGCACGUCUUCUUUUUGAAGGGGCUGUAAAUGCAGGCCAUAUAUAUUCUGUGGCAGGUUUAGCUAGACUAAACUAUAUAAAGGGUGACAGACUUUUAUCUUAUGAGCAGUUCAGCUCAGUGAUUUCGUCUGUUACUCCACUUGGAUGGAUGUAUCAGGAAAGGUCACUAUACUGUGACAGUGACAAAAGGUGGGAUAACCUUGAGAAAGCAAGUAAUUUGGAUCCUACUCUUGCAUAUCCCUACAUGUACAGGGCUGCCUCUUUAAUGAGGACGCAGAAUGCUCAAGCUGCACUAGCAGAAAUCAAUCGGAUUCUUGGGUUCAAACUUUCACUAGAAUGCUUAGAAAUACGAUUUUUUAUCCAUCUGGCUCUUGAGGACUACAAAGCAGCUCUAUGUGAUGUUCAAACAAUUCUUACUCUACGAUCAGAUUAUAGAAUGUUUGAGGGACGUGUUGCUGCAUCCCAACUCUGUACACUUGUACGUGAGCAUGUUGAACGUUGGACAACUGCUGAUUGUUGGGCACGGUUAUAUGACUGUUGGUCUGCAGUUGAUGAUAUUGGGUCUCUUUCUGUUAUAUAUCAGAUGCUUGAAUCUGACGCGGCAAAAGGUAUUCUGUACUUCAGACAGUCAUUACUUCUCUUAAGGUUGAACUGUCCUGAGGCUGCUAUGCGGAGUUUACAGUUAGCUCGGCAGCAUGCAUCUACUGAGCAUGAACGACUUGUUUAUGAGGGGUGGAUCUUAUAUGAUACAGGUCAUUACGAGGAAGGGCUCCGGAAAGCUGAAGAGUCUAUCAGUAUCAAAAGAUCUUUUGAGGCCUUUUUCCUGAAGGCCUAUGCAUUGGCUGACUCUAGUAUAGAUCCAUCAAGUUCACCUACUGUUAUCUCUCUUCUGGAAGAUUCCUUGAAGUGUCCUUCAGAUAAUCUGCGCAAAGGUCAGGCACUGAACAAUCUUGGAAGUGUUUAUGUUGACUGCGGUAAAUUGGACUUGGCUGCUGAUUGUUAUAUCAAUGCCCUUAAAAUCCGUCACACCCGAGCUCAUCAUGGUCUUGCUCGUGUUCAUUGUCUCAAAAAUGACAAGGCUGCUGCUUAUAUGGAAAUGACCGAACUUAUCAAGAAGGCAAAAAACAAUGCAUCGGCUUAUGAGAAGAGGUCUGAGUAUUGUGAUCGUGAACAAGCAAAGGCAGAUCUGGAGAUGGUCACUAGAUUAGAUCCACUUCGGGUGUAUCCUUAUAGAUAUCGUGCUGCAGGUUGGUGUUUUACCUAUCUGACUAAGCUCUCUGGACUUGUUCUGCUUGAGUAG